UUCACCUUUAAACAUGUUUUACGUUUUGGUGUUUUGAUGUGUUUCGUUGGGGAUGGUUGGUGUGUGAAGGAAUUUUUUGUUUAGGAACGUUAUUUGUGUGAAAAGUGCGGGAUGGCGCCCGAGCGGCCGGGACCAGACGACCACGACGCUGCCAGCGCGGUGCACCGGGGCCCCGUCACCAUCCCGGUGGUGCCGCUGUUCUCCCUCUCCAGCGCCCUCAUGCAGCUCAAGGCAGGGGACGGGGCGGGCCACAUGGUCACCACGGUGAAGGUGGAGGAUGUGGCGGAGGAACGGGCGACCAACGAGGACGAUGACCUCACCUCGCUGUCCUGGCUGCAGGACAAGAACCUGCUGAAAGGCAUGAACAUCCGGGCGGCGGAGACGCAGGAGUCGCCCACGAGCGACUACGUGGAGGACGGGGCCAGCGACCUGGCCGACUCCACCAGCUCGAGCGGCCACUCGGCCAGCCCGGCCCCCGGGACCGCCCGCCACAAGCACCCCCAGCACAUGCCCUACGACCCCCUGGUGCACACAAGUUCCAAGCCUCCGUACUCAUUCUCGUGCCUCAUAUUCAUGGCAAUAGAAGACUCGCCCGUGAAGGCCCUGCCCGUGAAGGAGAUCUACGCGUGGAUUCAGGACCACUUCCCCUACUUCCAGAACGCCCCCACGGGCUGGAAGAACAGCGUGCGGCACAACCUCUCGCUCAACAAGUGUUUCCGCAAGGUGGAGAAGGCUCCGAACUUGGGGAAGGGCUCUCUGUGGAUGGUGGACGGCCUGUACCGCCCCAACCUCAUGCAGGCCCUUCAGAAGGCUCCGUACCACCCCUACACCAGCUCGGAACUGGGGGGCGUCAAGGAGUUCAUCCCGAGCUCGGCGCUGCUGUCCCGCCGCGGCGGCCCGGCGGCGCUGAGGGCCGGGGGCCGGCCGGGGGCCCCGGGGGAGCCCGACGACCCCGACUCCCAGGACGACGUGGACGCGGCGGCCGCGAUGCUGGCGCUCAAGCACGGCCGCCGCGUCGUCGCCCUCGACCGAGUUCACUCGUUCGUGAAACCGGACCCGGACGUGUGUUGUGAACCCCCGUGUCUGCUGGACCUGAGAAAGAAGAGCAACAGGGCUUCCAAACUGUCCCAGGACGGCACCAGCGGGACCAUGAUCCCAGUCAUCACCACGUCGCCCAGCGAGGACCACACCUACAGCGCUGCCACUUCGACCCCACUGAACCCCCACGUGUCCUACGCAUGUUCUUCCCGGGACGAAGGCUACGGGGAUGACUCGGACAGAGAGGACGGCGAGCCGCGGCCCGUUUGCCUGCUCGCCAACAUCGCCAACCUGCUGGCCGCGCAGAAGGGCGCCGCGGACUCGGAGGAGCAGCGCAAGAUAGCGGAGGGCGCGGACGCCCUGCUCAACCUGGCGGGCAUCGCGACGCGCAAGCGGCCGCCCUCCCGCGCCGGCGCCGCCCCUCCCGCCAAGCGCCCCGCGCCGCGCGGGCGCAGGAAGGGGGCCGGCAGGCGCGCGCCCCACAAGAGGAGCGGCACGGCGGACCGCCGGAGACGCUCCGCCUCCUCCGCCAACAACAUCAACAACAACAACAACGACGUUGUGGUCGCGGCCGGUGCUAAAGUCUGUAAAGUGGCGUCGAAACGAUCCUCUGUGAGCGAGGCAGUGUUGGCUCGACACGCCAGGAGCGAGGAGCGGGCGACCCGCGCCAGGAGGUAGGAUUUCCUUCCGGAGCGGACGUUCAACUCUCGCUAGUGCAGUUUCGUAGGCGGUAGUGCAUUGUUUUCGAUAGGCUUGUUUUUUUGGUGAAAUACGCGUAUGUUUGAAAACAAUUUAUCGAAUUGUUAUGAUACAAUUUUUAAGAGUAAUAGAUUUAUUUAGUAUUUAAUUUAAAUGUCUGGAAUGAAAUAAUGCUUCCAGGGAAAUAUUUUUGAAAGGGCCUGAGUGUAACAUUUUUCACCGUUGUUCCGAGGAGUAUGCAAGGGCAUUUUAGUAUUUUACAUUUGCUAUUAGAACAGUUUUUUUUUUUUUUUUUUUUUUUUUUUUGUAUUCUGUGUUGUGUGUAAAUGUUAUUUUUGAGAGGUGCAAUAUUUGGUAUAGAUUCGUCCCUCUAAUUUAGGUGGUUGACUGAUUGAUUACCCAGAUUGUUAGGCUAUUUGCAAGAGAAAUUUUUAUGUUUUGAGGUAAGAGUGGCUAACUUGCAUACUUCUCGUUACAGUAUGUUGCAUGCCAGGUAGAAUGCAGUUGUACACAAAUCCCAAGUUUUCAACUUUUACUAAUGUCUGACGAUAUCUCGUCAGUACAUGUGACUUUUUACUUUUAUAGAUCCUGAUAGCUGUUUUGACUCAUGUGUUGAGAGAUCAGGUAGCCAGUGUUUUAUUAUACAGGAUAGUGAUUUUAGCAUUAGAAUGUGUGCGUUUUCAGUAUUUAUUUGUUUCAAAGUAUUCAGUUGCCACUAACAUGACAGUUCGUUUCAAACGAAAGGACAGCUGUAAAGUGUUUUUUUUUAUAAUGUCUAGUGUUUUCUUGCAAGGUUUUUUUUUUUUUCUCCAAUGUAAAUUUGUGGAAAUUUGGUUCUCUUCCACAUUUGUCAUCCACUUUGUUGUUUUCUGUGCUGUGUACUUGGCUGUUCGUUUUGACAAUCCAGACAAUCCAGUUGCAAACGCACUCAGGUUAAAUAUGACAGUUUUUUCUUCAUAACAUCCCAUAGGAUGCUUUUUAAUGAUGUGAAAACUAGUAACUGGAAAUUUAAAGCAACUAUUUUUUUAUGCGUUUAUCAAUGUAUAGGUGUAAACAAUGCGUGUUUUUUGUUGUUGUCUCGCAGUAAAUUCAGACAUGCUAUUUUUUAUAAAAAUAAAGUUUUUUUAUGGCUCUGUAACAAUUGUGGGCAAUUUACGUGUGAUCGUCUUCGGUUCAGAGACAGGGUGGAUAAGUGUUCCUUUCACAUUCUGUGGAUAUAAUUAAUAUAAAUACCACACUAGCAUUUGGCCUCUAUUACAUUACGUCUUGCGUCUUGGUGAUGUCGUUAGCUUUGUUGUUGUGUUGGCAUAAUCUAGCCAUAUGAACUGACUUGUUUUGUAGCUUUUAUCGAAAUCUUUGCAGUAGAUCUUUGGGACAUUACGAAGCUUGUGUUCAGUUCCUAUGAUGUUGGGUAACCUUUGAACCUUCAUAUCAGUGGGAUUCAGGGACGUAAAUAGACUAGUUUCCACCCAGGGCAAGAAUUCAUCUUAGAGGCUUCCUUUCCCCUUUUCCCCUCAUAUUGCCACCACAUAUUAAUUCCACUAUUCCCAAAAAAUUAUUAACUUGGAUAGUAAAUAAAUAGAUUUGUUUUCAUUCAUUUUAUUAUUUUUUUAAAGAAUAAAUUCAAAUUUAAUUAUAAAAUAUUUAAUUGACCAUCUCUAGUAUCGUGUUUGGUAUAUCUUUUCACACCUAUCCCAAAUGCUGCAAAUGAAAUGAAAAGGUUUAUUGAAUGAUAUCAGAAUAUGUGUGUGCUGAAUCAACAGAUGGAACAGGAUUUUUUAAUUAUGAUAACUAAUGAUAAUGUUAGGGAUAACAGAUUUUAUUCAAGUUAUCAUCAUGAGAAAAAUUAAUUUAAACACAAAAAGCUUCAACUAUAACUAGAGACCCGUAAAAUUCGCGGGUUAAAUGACCUCCAGGAUAGACUCCAACAUCCUCUACACAUUCGGGCAAAUGCCGACUGUUCAUUGGCUGCUGACCUGUGAGUCGUCUCGACUGGGUGGCCUGUGAUUCGACACUUCUAUGAGUGAGGGUCUCUAAUUGGCCAUCAGUCCUCCAGAUUAACAGUGAACCAAUGACAUUAGCAAAACUAAGGUAUAAUUAUUUGAAUUUUAGCAUAACACGAAAUGAACUCGCGAAAUUUACGGGUCUCUAACUAUAACUUAAAAAUACUGGCUUUUUGUGGCUGCAAACAUUUGACAAUGUCCUCAAGACGGCUUUGAAACGAAAUAUUGCUCUAGUGAUAUGAUGUCGGGCAUCAGCAGGUGUGACGGACAAACAGGAUAACUCCAGGGGAAGUCUGUCACGGCACAUCUCUCUCUGCCAGGGGACCACCAUAUUCCCAUGUAUCGCAGAAUUAUGACGAGUGGCUUCUCAACGAGAGCCAUAAAACUCUUAUGUUUCCUUCUAAUUGCCACGUGUUGUUUCAUAAAAGGCCAUGUAAAUUAUUCUACUCAUUAAAGUGACACCAGAAAAGCUGAAAUAAAUAUUUUUUAAAUUUACUCAUUAAAAUAAUUUUUGACUUCUAUGCGUUUGAAUUAUUAUUUUUACCCCAUAAAGUAGUUUCCAUAAACUCGUAAUCAAAAAGUUUGGGGGUCACAUUAUUGUCAGGUUAAUAUGGUAUAUACACAUAAUCACAACUCCCUAAAAAGAAAAUGAACGUAUUACGUGUUAAUUUGAAGGCGAUAGAUACAACUUUUAAUUGUCGAACUUGAAGACCAAUGGUGCAGUGUUUGUGAUGUCAUGCUGUCUCUGUGUUGUAUCACCUCUACAAUAACUGCUGACAGAGGUUUUCUUAAGCUGCACAACUUCUGUGUUUUUAAGUCAUGCUGACACAAACAUUCUUGUAGUUGUUUUUUGAACAAAAGUUCAACAAUUUCAAUAAAGUCCUUUGAUGUCAUGAGGAGCAGUCAAGAACCUUUUAGUCAUGACCUAGUCAACACGAACAGCAUGAGUACCAGUCUUAAAUGUGUUCGUGAUUUUAGCUAGAAGGCUUUUUGUAAACAAAUUUUACUUGCAGUUUCCUUUGUAAAUUGCAAGUGUGACUUUCGACGCAUGUAUAACACAAGCAAUAAUUCAAACUCUUGAUAGAUUUUAAGAAGGGACUCACAUAGCUUAUACAAGUAAAUAGAAUGUUCAGAUUCUACAAGCAAUGUGUUAUGAUGUAGUAAUAUAUUUUUCUAUAAAAUUUAAUUCUUGUUGCUUGAUUGAUUUGCUGCAUGUUGAAUGUAUAGUUCCCAUGUUAUUUUGUAGCCAUCUAUUUUUUGUUUUUGAUUUCACAACUUCACUAAACUGUGUACUAUACGAGCAUUAAUUAACUUUGUGGCCUUUGCUGUAAUUUAUUGAGACAAGCAGUAGUUGCAUGUAAAACUGAAUAGAAACUUGCUCUUUCGAAGUGUUGUUUCCAUUUACGCAAAUUGUAAACUAAAACCUUGCAAACUUGACUUUACUGAUUGAAAUACAAAAUACGAUCUGUAUUAUUUUUUAUAAAUUCUCAUUGGUGCUCGCAUGCAUUAUUUUAUGUAUGUAGUAAUUGUUUGGUUGGUUUGGCGUGACCCUGUGGGACUGGUAACUCGGUAGAGCGCGAGGACGUCGUACUUGGAUAGCAGUGGCGCAGAGAUCAGCACGGUUGUGGCGUGUCGACGCGAGCACAGGCCUGUGAACAAACACAUCACCGGGUGACUGGUUCUUGCUGGAGUUCCAGUCGGAGGCGUGACGUGGUACAGCUAGAGACAACAUUUUUUGGUUUUAUUUUUAGACCAAUUUAGGUUUUUAAAACUGGGUAUUUUUGUGCUAAUGUUUUAAUUUUUAUACAUUGUCCUUAUUCAUAAAAAAUAUUUUAUAAUUCAGCAAAUACGAAAAUUAAUAUAUUUCUGAAUAUUUAUUUCAUAAAAUAGUCACAUUUUGAAUAACACAUGAUGCACUUAUACAAUAAAACCAUUAGUAAUAAGCAUAUCUUGAACAAAACUUCUCAGAGAAAUAAAAAUUAAUCUGCAAGUUUUUGUUUGAAAAAUAAGUCAUCAUUAAUGUAAUAUCAAUUUUUUUUCCAAUCCAUAGUUUGUACAUUUUGGUAAACAUUUGUGCUAAAUAAAUUACAUUCAAUCAAUUUAACCAUAGUAAAAGAUAACAAUUUUUGUAAUUACAGUUAAUUGCUGUCAAACUGCCGGUUGAUUGGAUAUUUUUUGUUAAAUGUUGGUGCUAAAUGGUGUAUUAACUUGCAUAUUGGUGUUAUGUUGUGUGGACAUGCUUCGCGGUGCUAUUUCAGUUUUAUCUCUAUUUACCUCACAAUCUUGUCCCUAGUUGUUGUGUGUUCGUAGAACUGUGUAUGUCAUCGUUGUGAGAUUAAAGCUCUGUGGUAGCUACGUUAUGGAGUCGGAUAUCACCAAGUUUCAAAUAUCUUGGGUAGUUUAACGUAAGUACGGCAUCUUGAAUUGCAAGGUAGUUAUUCCUGUCAGAGUCCAUAGCGACUAGCUGCAAGCAGGCUGCAAAGAAACUGGUAGGUGUGGGACAAACCUGUAGCAGUGUACUUGCGUGUGGAGGGAUAUUUACUGCCUUCUCUUACAGUGCUCAUUAGAGAAGUGUGAGGAUCUCCAUAAAGCAUAGACAUCAAUUUCCUUCCCUUGACAUGCGUCUACAUUAAACUGAUUUAAACACUUUUGUUGUGAAUAGUUCAAAAAAUCCUGUUUUAAAAAGCAUUUAAUUUAACUUGUAUAUCCUUAACGACGACUCCCUGCAUCACUGUGUACAGUCUCGGCAAACACAGGCUCACUAUACAGUGAAGUCAUGAUUGUGCAUCGUUCACAUAAGUAAAGCAAUGGCUCUAAUUCCCACAUAUAAUUUAACAUGCAAGGGUAAAUUUUUUAAUAUUAAUUUUUUAAAAAAACAGGCACAUUUUAAAGGUUUCUCAGUGACGUAAUCGCUAAGGCAUUGCGCUCGUGUGUUUGUACACAUACAAACACAAACUCACACACAGCAAGUAGUAACUUAUAAGCAACUUCAAAAUUUCUGAAUAAUGAAGCACCAUAUUAAUUCUUGAAAUACAGUAUUCCGACUUUUCUGUCUGCUCUAGAAAAAUGAUACUCUGCAUAUGAAAAUAUUUUUUUUUUUUAAUCUGGUCAACAGCGAGGGCACAGAGAUAACAGCACUGCGCAGAACAAGGAUCGAGGGAAGGAAUUAGCCGAGGAACCAUUUCAGAGUUGGCCUGGAGUGAUUUUGAGAAACUACAGUAAACCAAAACCAGAAUUGCCAGACCAGGAUUUUAAUUACUUGACCGGCCCUUCAAUGUAUUAUUAUGACCGUCAUAUAGAGCUCUUUUGCGCAGCCUUUCUUUCAUUGCUUUCAGGACAAUCGGGCCUUGGGACGUCACAUAAGCCGUCUUGGAGCCUGCACUUGAGUGAUAAAAUAAACAGCCCACCUGUUAAAACAGUUCUAGGAAAAUUAAAUAAAAAGCUGGUGCUAGCAUAUUUAAAUUGUGUCAGUUUGUGUGUGCACAGUAUCCUAAAUGAAUUCCCAUAAUGUUGUGUUAUAAGGAAUAUAAAAAAAAACAUAUUGUGGCGAACUAUUUAAAAACUGUAUACACUCCCAGCAAAAAAAAAAAAAAACAUAA